UAUCUUUGCAAUGUACGUAUCUUUGUUAUAUACUCGUGACAUUUCUUAUUUAAACUACGAUCAGGCUAUUGAAAGCGUGUUAAAGUAGGAACAAAUGUUCUUUCCUAACUAACAUAUCGGAAAUUAGAGAAUAAAUUGUUUGCUAGUACUAUUUUGGAAUAUAUACAUGUAAAAUGGAAAAUGGUUCUCAUCUAAACUGAAAAAAUAUACAGAUUUCAAUUCAGGUACAUGUAAAAUGGCUCACCCGCGUGAAAAUAAAUACGUUUUGUAUACAUAUGCUCUUUUGGUGUUCAUUUCAUCGCAACUGAGACUGACUCUGUCAUAUAAUAUUGAGGUGGAGAAAGUUGGAAUAUCUCGGGGAGAGAAGAACUCACAGUACGGAUAUACUGUUGCAAUAAUACCAAAACCAGGAUGGAAUGACUUGUCAACUUUCUAUAAAAAAGAACUUCUAGUUGGUGCCCCAAAUAUAACGUACAACAACAUUAAAAGUCAUGGACAGGUGUUUAGAUGUACCAUCCCUACAGAUAAGAACAUAACCUGCGAAAAACUUCAUCUGACUGAUGAUAGUAAUCUGUGUGCUAAAGUGUCAAAGAACACCGACAGUGAAUGCACCACUGACAGCAGACUCGGUGCAACAAUGGAAGUCAACAGAAAAUUUCCAGAUAUCAAAUGGGACACAACAAUACCCAAAAUGCCUAUGGUCACAAUAUGUGCUCCGGGCUGGAGAAAUGUUUUUCCCGAGACUAUGGCUGGCAAAUAUCAGAAUUAUAUGACUGGAAUGUGUCUAAAGGUGCGAGAUGAUUUACGAACAUUAUCUUGUGCCGAUCGAAGUUACUGUUGGCCAUUCUGGCCAACCAAAGACACAACAAAUGAAUUUGGGAGACCAGUUUUUACAUACGCUGAAGGUGGAAUGUCUGCAGCAUUCACAAGGGAUGGACGAAGCGAAGUUAUUGCUGCCCCGGGUGCUGAUGACUGGCGAGGUGCGUUCAAAAUUAUUCAGAAGAACGUGCUGUAUCGGAUGAAUAGGGAAACAACGACUAAUACACUUUAUUUUGGAUAUGCUAUAGUGACUGGAAAAUUUGGAAGUGCCCAAGAACUGAUUGUGUCUGGGUCUCCAAACUGGAACGAACCGGAUUAUACCGGACAUUUUGGAAAGGUGGAUGCGUUCAAUGGAAAAACCAAAGCAGUCCAAAUAGAAUUCGGCUUACCCAAGGAGGCUUGCCCAAAUCAGCACUCAUCUGAUCUAAGAUCGUACAUAGACAGCAUAGACGCCCGUCAAACAGGUUCAAAGUUUGGAGCAGCGUUAGCCGCAGUGGAUCUUACAGGUGACGAAUACGACGAACUACUUGUCGGUGCACCACUGUACACUGGCGACAAUCCAGAGGAAGGUCGCGUCUUUGUCUAUAGUUCCUCAGAAGAUGGAAUUUGCGGCCCAAUAGGGAUACUUUCUGGAGGGGCGAAUGUUGCUUCUUUGAAGGACAAGGUAUCAUUUGCUCGCUUCGGUUCAGCUAUAUCGUCGGCCGGAGACCUUGACCACGACUCUUUUAAUGAUGUAGCGAUAGGGGCUCCGUACGAAGAUGACGGUACAGGAGCUAUAUAUAUCUACCCGGGAGUCGGACAGUGUGGCUGCAAAAUGGAAGAUAAAUUCUCCCAACGGAUUGCAGGCAGUGAUCUUGAUGUGGGUAUUCGAACAUUCGGUUGGAGUAUCUAUGGAAACGAGGACAUAGAUGAUAACAGCUUUCCAGAUCUUGCUGUUGGAGCUUACGAAUCAAAUACAGCUUUCAUGUUGAGGGCAAGACCUAUUGUGGACGUUCAUAUAGAAAUGAAGAUGACACCAAAUCCGAUACCGUUAAAUGGUUCCUUGAUAGACUGCUCAACAGAUAGCGAGACGCUUUGUUUUAACGUCCAGGUUUUGUUCCAGUUUAAUGCUGUAGGAACUAGAAAUGGCAACGUGAGCGAAGUUAAGCUCAGAUGGACCCUUGAUUCUGAUACAGUACACAAAAGUAAGGAAGGUUGGAGCCGGGUAAAAUUUAGAGGUCCUGAUGGCACAGGGACGUGGACGGAAAAUAUUACGCUUUCAAGCAGUAUGAAUCGAAAUAACCUUAGAAAAUACGUCAUUGAUGUGAAAGGAUACAGGGGUAAACCAGAACCGAAGGAUGCAUGGACACAAGUUCGUAUGGAAGGACGGUUUGAACUGAUUCCAACAAAGCAAGAUAGUUUUACAGACUUGGAUCCAAUCCUGAAACAUGAUGCCAAGACGCACAUAGUUGAAAAUAUUGAGUUUGACAAGAAAUGCGACAGUAUAACCACGUGCACGUCUGACCUAAAGCUUACGGUAGAGAUGUUUCUGACCAAGGAAGGAGUAGUACCUACUCAAGUUAAAGAGGACACAAACAUAUACAUCGAUGCUGCUAACAUUUUACAGGUAACGGCAGAUACAACGAAUCUGUUUAACUCAUCCUACAGAGCAAACGUCAGUGGUGAAGUAUCAGCUUUGAUGAAGAGAGACGCUUCCCCUAACAAUGGUUUGGUAGGUGCAAGCUGCAAGUACGAAUCUCCACACCAGACAAGCACAACGAUUUACUGUACAGCAGAUAGUAAACUUGAUAGGAAUGAAAAUAUGAAGAUUAAGAUGUAUUUUGACGUAUCCAGGCAACGGCUGAUUCCUGGUAUGGAUAUGAACAAAAUGAAGGAGUACGUUCACAUUGACUUGGUUACAGACCAGACAAACAAGGAUGUCAACAUGGACAACAAUAUGUUUGAGAGGAAGAUCCCAGUGAAGCUUAAGUUCCAAGUGAUUAUACAGGCAGAUAAAGAGACAUCUGAUCAAAUCAGAUACAAAGCCGACGAGAAGAGUACACGAAAAAUAACCCUUAUUCACCGCUACUUCCUUAUAAAUGAGGGGCCAAGUUUUCUGCCAAAGACGGUUGUUAAUAUCUCAAUACCGUUGUCCAAGGAUGAAGUAGACUUCGCAAUUAUCAAGGACACGCCGUCUAAGUGUAGUGUCCGCGGUCAUGCUCCGAUAGUCCAGACAACAACGCCAGCAUCAACUACGAAGUCAACGACAAAAUUUCCCAUUCCACCGGAAACUGAAGUUGAAAGAAGACGAAGGGAAGCCGAACAAGAACCGAAAACAGCUAAAAGUUCUGCAGACAAACCACAGGAAACGGCUAAAAACAAAAAUAUAACCUGUGAAGAUUAUACAUGUGCAAUAAUUGAAUGUGAAGUGCUAAAUCUGGAACACAAUAAACAAGAGACCAUUGAUAUCACAGUAGACGUUUAUGAAAAGGAACUGGCAAAGGAAAAGGAGGUACGUGAAAUACGCUACAAAACGGUUGCUACAGUUACUGAUCCCUUUAUCUGGUAUGGAGGAAAGGUUGUUCCUUGGGAUAAAACUGUAUAUGCUGAGAAAUGGACAACAUUUGUCGUUGAGCCCACGUCUGUUGUUUCUGAAGUGAAUAUAUGGAUUAUUAUUGGAAGCGUCUUAGGUGCACUUGCACUCCUGAUUAUUGUCAUAGUAAUCCUAUGGAGGUGUGGAUUCUUUGCACGUAAGAAGCACAGCCAGGUACAGAAAUGGAAGAGAGCCAGUCUGUACAACCGCAAAAGCGUCAGGACGUCGUCGCACGAAAAACAACCUUACACUUCUAUGGAAGAAAAAGAAUUAAAUCAAUAAACUGUUGCUUUAUUCCUCUCAGAAAUAAUAUUUAUUUUGUUUUGGGCAACUUGAUUGACAUUGUGCAAUAAUGGUAAUUUAAAUAUGUCAGUGUGUUUAAGGUGCACUCGCUAUCUUAGGAGUAUAGAUUCCAUAGCAUAGCAGUAACAGAUGUAACAGCAGUAAAACUGACGUAAUUAACAGUAAAUUAUUGUAACAGCAGAUAAACAGAUGUAAUUAAAAGUAAAACAGAUGUAACAGCAGUAAAGCAUAAUGUUAUUUGCAAUAAAAUUGAUGUAACAGCAGAAAAACACAUGUAAUGAAAAGUAAAACUGAUGUAACAACAGUGAAACUUAAUGUUAUUUGCAUUAAAAUGGAUGUAACAGCAGUAAACGUAAUGUGAUCUACAGUACAACUGAUGUAACAGCAUUAACACUGAUGUAAAAACAGAACAAAAAGUGUAUGUAAUUAGCAGUUACACUGAAUGUAAAUAGCAAACAUACAAUUGACAACAAAAGCAAUUCUUGUUAGAGCAGUAAUGAUAUUUCAGUAGUGUUUCAGCAAAACUUUCAGAUGUAUGUCUUUCUAUUUCACAAGUGUAGAAUACAGUAAUAUUUAGGUGACCGUAUUGCAUGAAUUGCUCUAUUUAUAAAUGUUGAAUGAAAGGAAAUGCGUGCAUAUGAGGACACAUAAUGUUGUAUUGUCUAAUUUAUGGACUGUAUAGAAUAAAAUAAAAAAGUAAAAAAAUAUUUCUAAAAUGUUAAUUUAAGUAAUUUUUAAAACAGAAUUUCAGGUCGAUGAUUGUUAAAUCAAGAAGAUUUAUUGUUAGACAACAGUUCUGACAUCUACAUUGUUCAAAACUGUAAACCUAGGAAUAUGUUUUUCGACCUGUCUAUCAACCACAAAUAAGAAUUCGAUCAAUUCAAGAAGAACAUGUUUAUCCGUAGAAGGAAGUAUCCUUUUACUUCCUAACUGGAACCUUUUGGCAAUAUCAGAUACUUUUUUUAGUAUACUAUAAAUGUUAUGAUUCAUGUUACUCUUUAACUAAGGGGUAUGAGUUGUGUUUUUUAUUUAUUGACUCUCAUGAACAUACUUAAUCAAACCGAGUCUGCUGUUAUGUUUCUUGGUUGCGUUCUAUGCUUCCAAAGGGCCCUUUUACAAAUUUCAUUAUUUAUCGUGUGCUCUUAUGAUUUUAGAAUAAUUUUGUACUUGUAAAUAUUAACAUUAUAAUUAUGUUUGUAUGAAUUUUAAAGCGACUAACACAUACAUUGUGAAUUGUAAUUUCUUAAAUAAUUGAUCAUCGAAAGGCAAAAUGCCGCCACUGUUUCAAAUAUUUACAUGAAACAUAAUGGUUGACCAGUUUAUAGUUUCCAGAAUUACGGGAACAUUCGAAUUUUUGCAGUUUUUCUUAUGAAGUUUUAUAAACCGUUAAAACGCUUUAUUUUGUAAACAUUGAUCAAUAUAGAACGAGACACGACAGUAUUUUUAGACGCUAUCAUCACGUGGGCAGCAAACCAAAAGUUCGCAUGUAAUUUGAUAGGUCAAUUUAUAUACUCGUCUACCGACUUGGGAAAUUAGCAUUUACUUUGCCUUAGUUAGGUAAGAACCACUAUCGUACCGAUAACACUACAUAAAUAACGGACCCUUUCAUUAUUUAAAUACACAAACAUCGGUCACUGCAAAAUCGAACUUUAGGUAGCGCACAAUAUUAUGGCGUUUAGAAGUGAAAACAAAACAAUAACAUAAAAUUAAUUCAAUACACUAAGUUUACGAUUUAGUCAGUGAUUCCUCGUUGGCCGAGCGGUGGUUACGGUGGUUACGGUAUUUGUAUUACUGUGAAAUCAUUUAAUUUCGUGGGCACGAAAUUUCGUGGUUUUGAUCAGAACGGCAAUUUCGUGGGGAUAUGAAUUCGUGGAUUUCAACUUUUAAACAUAACAUGAAUGGGGAUUUUACUUGUUUGUUGGGAUUAAAUUUCGUGGAUUGACUCAACCACGAAAUCCACGAAAAUUAGUCCCCCACGAAUAUUAAUGAUUUCACAGUAUACAUUUUCGUCGAUUCCCAUUUUUUCAGUUUGCAUUAUAUACUUUGUGUAAGUUUGUUUUUCUCUGGUUUCUAAGUUACAUGAUUUAUUGCUUUGUUUCUUAUUUUCGUAUAUAAAAUUGGUAGUAUCUAUAAAUCAGUCAAUCCUAAAAUUAUGGCCGGGUAAUGCUUUUAUUAAAGUGGGGAAUAAGAUUGUUAUAAAACUUAUAAAAGUAACCCGAACAGAUCUAAAAAUAUCACAGGAAAACUUAAGAAACAUUUAGAUCAUAUUAAAGGUGGAGUGAAUUUAGACAUAAUUACGUGUAAAUUGUGACAUAUAAUUUUAGUGAAUAUGUUAGAUCUAGAUUAACUAACUCAUUUUGUCUUCAUUGAAUUGUAGUGAAGAAAAAAUUAAAGACAAUCUUUAACGGGUCUUGGAAUCGAACUCAUGACGAAUAAGUAUAAUACGUAUACCGUAACCGCUUUCUUAUCAGAAAUUGUAGACGAAUGGUUUUGUCUUAAAUUUAUUAGGAAAACUACGGUUUUCAACAGAAUUUGAUGAAAAAUACAUUGUAAGAACAUCGAAUAAGCAUAUAGGUGAAUAUAGCAAAAGUUUGAUUUUUUUAAAAAUCUGACACCACGAUGUGUGGGUUAGUCGCUUUAAUGUAACUUAUAUUGCGCUAUAUCUUAUGUAAAAUACUUAAAUUUAUAAUGUGACAUUUAAUAAUUCACAAGUUUGCAAUAUUGUGUAUUUGGUAAUGUUUUUUUAAAAAUCUGACACCACGAUGUUGGGUUAGUCGCUUUAAUGUAACUUAUAUUGUGCUAUAUCUUUUGUAAAAUACUUAAAUUUAUAAUGUGACAUUUAAUAAUUCACAAGUUUGCAAUGUUGUGUAUUUGGUAAUGUUCGCGGAGGUUUUACUUUCGCUAAAACUCGCCAAAAAUGCCGCUCGCGAUUUUUUUUAUUCUGCAUCAUUUCCUAAAACACAAACCCUCCUGAUUCGCGAUUUCCUAACACCGCGAAUAAGACUUAUAAACAUCUAAUUGCUAACUAAUCCAUGAGCGAAUAUCAUACAAUUUACUAUAUAUCUUAAAUAAAGAAGGUGAUAAAAGCAAUUAUUUAUUUGAAUGCAGUCGCUUUAUUGAUAAUGUCAUUAAUUUCUAAAUGAAACAGCUAACAAUAAAAUUCAUUCAUCGAUUUCUGUUUGUCCGCCGAGCCUGCAUUUAAUAAAUUGUAAACAUUCAGUUCAUUCGUUAUUUGAGAUAUACCUUUUAUACAUCACAUCUCUCUCUCUCUCUCUCUCUCUCUCUCUCUCUCUCUACAAAACAGCAGAAUUUGUAUACUAACAGUUUCAAACAAAUAGUGAGAAGCGAUUUGUUUAAAAUUUGAUCAAUUAUGGCUAUUCAUAUUAAUGAAUGAUACAAAAGCGUGGCAUUUACGUAUAUCAUAAACCAUACACCUCAGAGUUGCUUGCCCUAUCAGCCACCUCGUUUUAAUUUUGCAAGCUUUCAUAUGUUUUUUUUUUAAUUAAUAUUAUGUUCUGAAUUUUAAACUUUCAGCGUUAAAGUUGUCACGUUUUUGGGCUUGAUUCACAAUUUGGGAAGAAAACUUGCAAACUAAACGAUAGCCUGCUAGGUACAGCAUCCAAACGCUAUUCCUAGGCCGUUUUUCGAAUUUUGGUCUUGCAGCGUAUUUGUAUCACGCUAUGGCAUAAUAAAUUGAAAUGAGACUUUUGUAAAAAUACUUUGUUAUAGAUCAUUCCAUUAACAAGAGAAAGAAAAGGCAUAUUAAGUAGCAUGUCUGCAAAUUCUGUUUAGAACGAACUAGAGUAAACUUAGGUUGAACUAAUAUCUGUACUCAUCGAAACAUCUGUCCUUAAAAGCAAACUUAGGGUGAACUAAUAUCUGUAAUCAAAAGUAAAGAAAAUAGAAUCCUAUGAUUUUUCAAAUCGUUGCAUAUAUUGAUUUAUGCGCGGAUAACCGGAAGCACACAAAAUAUAUGUCUGAUUAUGACUGCUAGUGAGUACAUAUCCGACGCAAUUUGGUACUAAACUAUAGAUGAAUACUGAAUACAUUCUUAGUGGCGACUAACAAAAUUCGGCUAAGUUUUGGUAGUCGCUACCAAAAUGCGCUGCUAUUUCUCACCUCGAGAAGGCAUUAUUGGCAGAGGCGAACAUAUGGCGAGGAACGACAACACUGUGAAAAAGAAGUAUUGUUUUUUUGCAAUGGAAAUAAUUAGUAAAUAAUAUAAUAUAAUGUUUUAACUAGUAAUUUGAUCUGAUGAACUUCAUGAUGAUGAUUAUGAUAUUAUUGUUAUUGAUAUUAUUAUUAAUAUUACUCCUACUAUUAUUGCUAGUAUGACGACGAUGGUGAUGAUAUUGAUGAUGAUAAUAGUUUAUAGAAAUAAAGAGAAUGAUAAUUAUGUUGAUGAUAAAAAUUGUUGUAACGAUGACGACGACGACGACGAAGGUGAUGAUGAUGAUAAUGAUGAUGGUGGUGGUGGUGGUGAUUGCAUGAGAUGAUAAUUAAUGUUUGUGAUGACGAGUUAUUGUGAGAGUAAAUGAUGAUGAAUGGUGGUGAAGGUUUAAUAUGAAGAUCUCUGAUGAUGAUGAUUAUUAUUAUUAUUAUAAUUUUCGUUAAAUGAUGAUGAUCUCCUGGCAUAUCGACUUUUUGGCUAAAACAGAAUGUUCAAUGCCAGUAAGAUUAGUAAUAUUGUAUUGCAAUAUAAUAACGUUAAACUUUAUCAAGUUAUUUUGUAUAGUUUGACUGAUACAGUAAGUGCGAUCGGAAGUAAAGAUACUAAAUAACGAAACUUUUUUAAAGAUAUGCAAGUGCGGAAGUAGAAGUCACCAUAUAGGAUGCUGAGCAAGAGAAACCGGAAAUAUAUUAUUGUUAAAUGUCACUAAACAUACGUUAUAAAUUCAGAUAUCUCUGCAAUGUACAUAUUUGUGUUAUAUAUUUGUGACAUUUUUGUUAAAAUUUAAACUACGAUCAAGGUACUGAAAACGCUUUAAAGUAGGAAUAAAUGUUCUUUCAUACAUAAAAUAUCGGAAAUUGGAAAAUAAAUUGUGUCUAAAACUGUUCAGUCAACUUGGCUUUGCUUGUGCUAUUUGGAAAAAAAAAUAAAAAAAGAUAUUUCGCUGAAUUUCAAUUCAUGUAAAAUGCAUACCCCGCGUGUAAGUAAAUAUGUUGUUUAUACUUGUGCUUUUCUGAUGUUGUUCAUUUCAUCGCAACUUAGGCUUGCUCUGUCAUAUAAUAUUGAAGUGAAAAAAGUUGGAAUAUCUCGGGGUGAGGAGAAUUCACAGUACGGAUAUACUGUCGCAAUAAUACGAAAGCCAGGAUGGAAUGACUUUUCCAACUUCUACAAAAAGGAGUAAGUUAACUGUACACUGAAAUUACUUUUAAAUGUAAUCCAACGCAUUCCUAUACUUUUCUCACCUAAGAGUUUUCAGAGUUUUGGUGCGCGGAUUACAAAUAUAUGUAUCCAUAUAUUACACAACAAUUAUUGCUCUGAUACGAAGGAUUUGCAUGUUCAGGCAAGAUAGUUAUUUCUAAGGCAAAUCGUUUGUACUCUACGCUUCAAUUAAGUAUGUUUAAAAAGUAAUUUGACGGAAGUGUUGUUAUUUAAUCGAUUUGAUGAUUAAUAUAUCUUAUAUAGUACUCAAGUGUUCAAUCUAUAGAAUUUUGAUUUAGAAUUUACUCUCUGAUUCAUUAACAUCGAAACAUUCAUUUUUUCAAAGUUUCUUCUUAUUAUAAUUUGACUUUCUAGUUUCAAAAUACAGAAAUAAUAUACAAUUUUAUUAUU